UGUCAUUCUAAAAUGCGCCCUGUGCUCGAUUGAUUGGGUCUGUAUAACACCGGCUGCCUGGGAGACUCAAAGAAAACUCGUGGCUUCACUGGCUUGGGUGACAGCAUACGUUCAUCAUAACCAGGCUAUAAUACAUAGCUCUUGAAGUGAAAGUAUACAUUUGUUCAGCGAUGUCUAACGAUGCAGCAAAACUCUCCAAUAACCUCUUACGCAUGAAGUUCAUGCAGAGAGGCCUUGACGCAGAAACUAAGAAACAGCUGGAAGAGGACGAGAAAAGAAUCAUAAGCGAUGAGCACUGGUAUCUUGACUUGCCAGAGCUCAAGGCUAAAGAGAACCAAAUCAUCGAAGAAAGGAGUUUUGUGCCGUGUGAGGACCUCAAGUAUGGCCGUAUAUCAUUCAAAGGUUUUAAUCCUGAAGUGGAGAAGCUCAUGCUGCUGAUGAAUGUCCAGGAGGAAACGGAAGAGGAGGAUGUGGAGGACUUAAGCAGAAUGAUAACGGAUGUCACUGAUGAAGAAAUGGCCAUAAGGUACGAGAGUCUCGUAGACAGUAUGAAGAAAAAGUUUGCCAAGAAGAGGGACAGAUCUGCUAUCGAAAAGGACGUCGUCCAAACUGUUACAGAACCUACCAAGAAGAUAUUUUUAAAACCUCAAGAUUAGCCCAUUAUCACUCUGGACUAAACGGCUGUGUAUUACUAUAGUAAUGUGUUCUCUUUUCCUAGUCAGUACUUUUUAUAAGGAAUAUCCUCGGAUAUAACAUUAUUUUAAGAUGUUUGGAUGUUAUACAUCCUUUUUUCUAAAUGUAUAUAUUUUGAGGUUAAUGGAUAUGCAAUGUGAUGCAUUCUUCUGUAAUAGAUUUUUUACAAUCGCAUUACAUUUGGAAACGAGUCCAUUAAACUAUUGACUUAAUGUUCAA